AAACAAUUAAAUCUUGUUCAUUUUUAACAACGCUCGCAAAUUCAUUAUCAGAAAUAAACAAAGAAUUUGCAUUCAUCCGCAAUAUAUGACUGUGAAUGGAAAUGGGUGUUAUGGAGAAUUCGAUGGUGCAUACGGAGACAUCAAAGGUUAAGUCGUUGAGUAAUGGAGAGGUUUUAGUGGAGAAACGAGGAUUGUCAGUUUUGGAGAAUGGUGGUGUUUGCAAGCUUGAUCGAAUGACGGGGCUUAAGUUUAAGCGGCGGAAGGUUUUUGCUGUGAGGGAUUUUCCACCGGGUUGCGGGACCGGUGUGGAGCGGUUUGGGUCGAUGGAAGUGAAGAUUGCUUGUGAGAAUGGGAAUGUUGCUGAAGAUGUUAAGGUUGUUGAGUCUUUAGUUAAAGAGGAGAGGGAUGAUGGUGUGGAUGUAUCAGGUGGAGAACUGGAAGUGGAAAAUGGGAGUGAUGUUAGUAUGGCUGAGGCGGUGGAGGUUCAGCCGUUGAGCAUUUGUUUGCCAGAAGGGGAUGUGGAGAGAAGUGUUGAACAGACUGUGGAGGUUGCUGGGUCGAUGGGACAGAGCUUGGUUCUUGAGAAUUCGGGUUCUGGUGCUAGCAGCAGCGGAACAACUGAAAACAUGGUGAGGGAUGUUGUUGUUUAUGCAGAUGAGAGCAGUCUGGGAAUAGAUGAUUUGGAUUAUACUGAGCCGUUGGAAAUUGAGAUGUCAGAUGUUUCUGUUGCAAAACCGAGUCUUGUUGCGGGUAGAAGAAAGGCAAAGAAAGGAAUUGCAGUUCAUUCAUCCUUGAAGCUUACCAAAAAGAACAACCGAGAGUAUGGUGAAGGAUCUAGUAAGAGGAACAGUAAGAGCAAUAUAUAUUGGCUUGAUAGGGAAAGUCUGGAUUUUCCUCAUCAGGAAACAUCUCGGGAGCUUCGGAUACUAGAUGUUGGUUCAAGCAGUGGUUCAAGCAGUGGUGAUGAUAGUAUUCGGAACAAAGUUAAGGAAACUCUGCGUCUUUUCCAUGGCGUGUGCAAAAGGAUUUUGCAGGAGGAUGAAGCAAAGCCUGAGGACCAAAGGAGAAAAGGUAAAGGUCUUAGAAUAGAUUUUGACGCUUCGAAGAUUCUCAAAAGGAAUGGGAAAUAUCUCAACUCUGGUACACAGAUUUUGGGACAUGUACCUGGAGUUAACGUUGGUGAUGAGUUCCUAUAUAGGAUGGAGCUGAACAUUCUUGGUGUACACAGACCAAGCCAAGCCGGUAUCGAUUAUAUGAAAUAUGGUAAGGGCAUAGUUGCGACAAGUAUUGUAGCCUCUGGAGGGUAUGACGACCAUCUGGAUAACUCGGAUGUCUUGACCUACACUGGUCAAGGCGGAAAUGUGAUGCAAGUAAAGAAGAAGGGAAAGGAACUGAAAGAGCCCGAAGACCAAAAGCUUAUAUCAGGAAACCUCGCGUUAGCAACCAGCUUAAAGAAGAAGACACCUGUGCGUGUCAUUAGAGGCAAACAUAAGUCAACUUUAAAGACAUCAUCUGGUGGAAAUUAUGUCUACGACGGUUUAUAUCUUGUGGAAGAUUAUUGGCAAGAAGUCGGAUCUCACGGGAUGUAUGUCUUCAAGUUUCAACUUAGGCGCAUACCUGGACAAUCUGAACUUUCAUGGAUAGAGGUGAAGAAAUCUAAGUCAAAAUACCGGGAAGGUCUAUGCAAGCUUGACAUCUCUGAAGGGAAAGAGCUGUCACCCAUUAGCGCUGUGAAUGAAAUAGAUGACGAGAAACCGCCUUUGUUCACCUACACGGUUAAAAUGAUUUACCCAGAUUGGUGCAGACCAGUUCCUCCAAAGUCAUGCGGUUGCACCACACGCUGCACAGAAGCCAGGAAGUGCGCUUGUGUGGUGAAAAACGACGGAGAGAUACCGUACAACUACGAUGGAGCCAUUGUUGGGGCUAAGCUAUUUAUCUAUGAAUGUGGCCCGCUCUGCAAAUGCCCUUCUAGUUGCUACCUAAGAGUCACACAGCACGGGAUCAAGUUACCGCUUGAGAUCUUCAAAACCAAGUCAAGAGGUUGGGGAGUGAGAUCGCUUAAAUCGAUCCCUAUUGGUAGCUUCAUAUGCGAAUACGUUGGUGAACUCUUAGAUGAUAGCGAAGCAGAAAGAAGAAUCGGGAACGACGAGUAUCUCUUUGACAUUGGUAACAGAUAUGAUAACUCUUUAGCUCAAGGGAUGUCAGAGCUAAUGCCAGGGACACAGGCAGGCCGAGCUAUGGCAGGAGGUGAUGAGGCGGGUGGAUUCACCAUUGAUGCAGCAAAGAAGGGGAAUAUUGGGAGGUUCAUAAACCAUAGCUGCUCGCCAAAUCUGUAUGCACAAAACGUAUUGUAUGAUCAUGAAGACAAGAGAAUCCCUCACGUGAUGUUCUUUGCACAGGACAAUAUACCUCCGCUUCAAGAACUCUGUUACGACUACAAUUACGCGAUCGAUCAGGUACGCGACUCUAAGGGUAAUAUCAAGAAGAAACCUUGCCUUUGUGGUGCUCCCGGAUGUAGGCAUAGGCUCUAUUGAUCGAUUCGCCUCCAACUUUUAUCUCUGUUUCAUUUAGAUUCUUUCUUGUUUUCAGUUGGUUCUCUCAAACUUUUUUCCCAUUUUAUUAUUCAGAUUCUUCUUGUUUUAUGUUGACGGAAUCAACAGUUUAUGUUAAC